AGCAAGCUUUUCAAAUGGAGAGUAGUGAAAGAGAUUCUCCAAAUGGAUGGGAAGAUCCAACCACGAUAUCGUCAGACGUCAAUUGAAGUUUUCAAUAAUCCAGAUAGUGAUGCGAAGGUGUUACUUGCAUCUACAAGAGCUUGCUGUGAAGGGAUUAGCCUAACCGGAGCUUCAAGAGUUGUUCUUCUAGAUGUGGUUUGGAAUCCCGCUGUGGGAAGGCAAGCUAUCAGUAGGGCAUUUAGGAUAGGACAGAAGAAAUUUGUAUAUACAUACAAUUUAAUAACUUAUGGAACAGGUGAAGGUGACAAGUAUGAUAGGCAAGCAGAAAAGGACCAUUUGUCUAAGUUGGUCUUCUCUCAAGAGGAUGAGUUCAAUAAUGUCAGGAACAUGCUAUCAAAAGCUGAAAUGGAUCACUGUUCUAAGUUGAUAUCUCAGGAUAAGGUUCUGGAGGAGAUGACCUCCCAUGACCAGCUAAAAGGCAUGUUCUUAAAGAUACACUAUCCACCAACUGAGUCAAACAUGGUUUUCACUUACAAUCAGAUUGCCCCUGAGUUGAGUUAAUGGUAACAUUGGCAUCAGUUUGAUUAAUACUAACAAGUACUUAUGUCUGCUCAUCGAGUCAUUUAUACUGAUGCCAGCAAAAUGAAAUAAAGGAGCCUACCACAUGUUUUCAUGGGAGAUAUCUGCAGCAGUCACAUGUAUACAUGACGUCCUUUAGUGGCUGGCCUUCGCUUGCUAACUCAAGUAUGGUGGCAGCUGCCAAUAUUCGCAGAUGAUGCGUUUUUCAGUAGUGCUUUCUGUGGUAGAGUGGGAGGGAUCAGCACAAUCUAGAGAUGAAUCGGUUUGAUCUGUAUCUGUUGCUUAUUCUUGGCUGCUUGCUCAAAGUGAAUCUCGAGACGUUUGGGAGCUACUGGAUGUAACUGUAAAAACAUGCAAUGGGUUUUGCGCUAGAAAGGCCGCUGGUAGUGCUGUAGAGUCAUGCUCAAACGUCUCUAGGUUAGUAAUUUUCGCCAGCGAGUUGGAAAACAAUGUCUGAUCAUCAUUCAGUCAUAUGAUGCUCAGUACGGCGGUUUAAUUGAAUAAUCUAUUGGCAAGUAUUCCCGAGGGCAGAUGGAUAUAUGGCCUUUCCAUGA